AUGGUGAUUGCCGGAGCACCUGGGCCGUCGCCAGAGCUCGCUGCCGCCUGGUCGGCUGUGGUCGCCAGACCUCCGGCGGAGCUCGAAAGGGCGACCAUGGCGACGAAGCCCCUUCUACCUCCGGCUCCGAAACACGUGACAGCAGUCUCUGAAAAGACUCCUCCCCACGCACCCGCGGCUCCCUUUGCCGGGGCAGAGGCUGGCCCGUCCGCUCCCGCUGCUGUUCCGUCUGCUCCGCCUGCGUCGCCAGGCCCCCUGGCUCCCCUUGUCGAGCCGUCGGCGUCUGCCCCUGCCGGGGGUGUUGCUGAACCCCCUGCACCUGUCCCUGGCGCCCUUGUUGCGCCGAACGCUUCUGCCCCCUGCCUACCUGCGCAGGCCUCUGUUUUGCCACCAAAGGCGGCGUCCGCCACCCCUGGCGAACCGGCUCCGUCGGUUGCUCCUGCGGCAGCGGGUCAGUCCGCUCCCGCUGUGACGGCGGUGGUUCCUGCAGGCCAGCCGUCACGCCCUCCGUCGCCUGACCGCCGCUCGUCGCGGUCCCAUUCCCCCGCUCCCCACCAGGACCGCAAGUCAUCUCGUCGCCGGCGCGGGGGUGGGGGGUUUCGCCCGCCCGUGACGAUGGCGGAUCUUCAGCGGGAAGUGUCGAGGGCGGUUCGGGAGGAGAGGGCGGCGCAGAGCCAGAGCGGUUCGCUGCGCGCCUUGCCGGCCCACGAGGCUUCCCGUCCGGCUGCGCUCCCCCCGAACCCGCAACCUGUUGCUGCGCCUCCCCCUCAGAUCCAAGCUCUGCCAGCUCCUUCUCCCGCUGUAUCGGCGCCUGCUCCCGGCUCUCGUCUCCAUCUGCCGCCGGUUCCGCCUGUUGCGGGAGUGGAGUUUGUGGCCGCGGGUGGCGGCUCGUUGGCGGCUCCGUUCGCUCUCCGUGCCGGUGCUGAUGAGCCGCUCCAGUUCCUGGCAGAGGCACUCCAGCCUCCGCAGACCCGUGUUCCCGAGGCGACUCUCGGACAGCUACACCGCCUCGCUGACAGUCUCCACGCUCUGCUGCUGAUUCAGGUGCUGGCCCACUCGUCUCUCCCUGUGAUCCAUCCUGAGACCUUCCGUGGCCGCCAGCGUGACUCGUGCCUGGACGCGGCGGACCAGCUCGCGGUGCUGCUGGCGCCCGUGCUGGCUGCGCCCGUGGAGGGUGGCGCUGCUGCUGCGGGACAGCUUGACGAAGCCGUCCGGGGCUUGAGGCGGCACUUGCGCGCAGGAUCUGGAGCCGCGGCGAUCGGCGCAAGCACGCUUGUGGUCCGGGAGCUGUGGCGCUCUCUGACGGGCGUUCUUCACGCCCUUGGAGCACACCGCAUGUAG